AUGCUCCCCAAUGAAUGUUCUCAAUUGGUAACAACACUGUGGGCAGGCGGGCCGGGUGCAAAGGAUGCCAAGGAAAAGAUUGAGGCGUGCCAAACCUCGGAGGAUGGAUGGGGGCUAGCCGUAGACUGUUUAAGGAGCGACUUCACCCACCUAAAUUUCUUCGGAAGUCAACUUUUAUCGUCAAAGGUCAAACAAGACCACCCAGGGUGCCCUCCCUUGCACUUCUUACUCUCUACCACCUUGGAGUGCUACCGUGGACUCAUCGCUCGCCCACGCCUACUUCAAUCCCGUCCUGUGGACGACGAUACCAAUCGGAGAAAGGCCGACUACGAAGCGUAUGGGCAAUUAGCCAAAAGCCGGGUCCUCUCUCUCAUCCCCCUCAUUUUCGACGUUGCCGUGGAUCUUACUCCUCUUUGUGAAGUGAUCUCCUUUUCCUCCCGCCUCCCGACUGCACCCAGUGGCGCUGCCACCCAUGGCACCGGCACCCAUGGCGCUGCUACCCAAGGGGGCGACGAAGAAUGGGAUUUAUACGAAGCCGGACUUUUUGAGGGGCUGAGCGAAGUACCUCCUGUGUUGGCCAAACGGGAGUCCAUGUCUUAUAAUGCAAAUAUUUGGCAGUCCGCGUUUGUCCUUCCAUAUACGCGUACUGUGGAUAAUUUAUUGUGUUCAGGAUUGAAGAAGUUCGGCAAGCGUAUCGUGGACCUAUCAACCACACAGGACGUGCGCUUCUACGAUCGUCUUUUGUUAGAUUUGCGAUCUGUUGCGAAGGCAGUUGCGUAUCACAUGGAUUUGUUAGGCGAGCUGCCGAAGACUGGGCAAGUUCUGAAGCAGGUUCUGGCGCUGCUUCAGCAACUGUAUAUGUCUCUGAACCAGCGACAGCAGGUCGACAUUUUGGCGUUGGGCCUCGCGGCGUUGAUCCACAGAGUGCUUGCAGUGUCGGUGCCAGGACUGCUGAAGCCGGACCCGAUCGUUAGUUUACGUUCGACAGAGAUCGCGACUCUUUUCCGAGCGGCUAUCGGCACGUUAUUGCAAGUUCUGCAGCGGCUGGACAACAGCCCGGACUUGGGUGGAGACUGGGACGCGAAGAUCGUGGAGGAUGCCGUCGACGAGAUGGUGGCUUGCUGCUCGGAGACACUCUCGUUGCCGGCUGGGAACGAGGAGAUGUCAGAUAUUUUUAGUCCCAUGGCGGGAGAGAUCUUGUUGUUUCUACAGAAGGCGUCGCUGACUCCCUGUCAUAGGAUUUUCGUAAGCGUCACAGAGGCGUUUUCGGCCCUCUCGGAGGGACUCAAGAGCGCUCGGGACGAAGGCGCGGAGUCGGUCUUGGUGGAGCGUUUGGAGGAGGGAUUGGCCCGGACGCUGAUGGCUACCUGGCUGCAGAGCCUGUUGCAGGUCGUGGAAUGCGAAGAAGACGCCGACGACGAGUACAUCAACGCGUUGUGCGACGGCAGCAUGGACGGAUUCAUGCUGCUGCUCCCGCUGUACAUCAACAACCCGGAAGCGCUCCACUUCAUUCUCGAGACUCCGUACGAAUUCACGCGUCUCAGCCAGCAGGAGAACGCGCAGCUGGGCGCGACGCACCUGGUCGGGGCGAAUCUCCCCGGCUCAAACCGGCCGGUCGAAGGUUCAAAUUUGUUGGUUGGUGGCUCGAAGACGCAGCACGCUCGCCAGGUGUGCAUAGAUGCGUUUUGGACGGCGGUCGGUGAGACGUUGGUUAUUUUGGUGGACCGGAACGUGAACAACGUGCUGUUACGGCAAGUGAUGAACGGGAUUGUGGUGGCUGAGGUCGUGCCGGCGACGGUGAAAUUGCUCGAAACGGCGUCCAACUACCUGCGUCGGGAGACGUUGCGGAGCUUGUUGUUCGACAGCGCACCAGCGCCCGAUGCAGGGGUGCCGGGUCGGCCGCCGAGUCCGACGGGCCUGAGUGUGGCUACGGACGGCUCGACCACAGUGGGGACGCCGCGCGUGAACGUGACAACUGAGCCUGGCUUGUUCAGUCGUGUGAAGGCCUUGGCACUGCGUCGGAGCCACAUGCAGUUGGUGGAUGUAUUAUGCUUUAUUUUAAAGCGACUAGACGCGUCGGACUCGGACUUACUUGAAUUUGUGCGCCAGGCCAACGCGGAUGAAGAGCUGCGUGAUGCGGCGGCGAUUCCCUUUAUCGCACGCGCCACGGUGCUUUUGGAGGACUUGCCGACGCUGGAGUUCCGUAUUGGUAGGGCGUGUCGCGUCUUUGCGGAAGGUACUGACGUGGAGAGCAUCUUCAGGCAUUUACUGUUCGCGUUUGUGACUCUCCACUCCUGUCACUCGGAUGACGUGAACACGGACGCACGUUGCUCAGUUUCCUUCUGUUUCUCGAGCAACCGAUUCAUACAGGCACUGAUCGCUGUCGCGAUCAAGAGCAACUUGUUGCUCACCCCUCUCGAAUGCCACCAGCUGCAAAAGCGAGGUGGAGAACAGUACUGCCGAACACCCUCCACAGUUUAUGACGAAGUCCUCAAAAAUCAGGAACUCUCACCCGCCAAAUUUACAAGACUUGUGUAUCACACACUCCGUUGGGUUACCGUCAUGGUACUGCCGGAUACAGACGACGAAACGCUACUCAACUGCCUCCUGCAACUUAACGCCCAAAGUAGCAAAGCCAUGUUCGUUGAACCCGGCUUCAUGGCCGUGCUAGAGAACCUAGUCAAACAGUCCAGACAACGACGCAUUCUAGAUACGUUAAUGACCAUACACCCGUUACCAGGCAGCCCCCUGUGUGAACUCACCCUCUUCGACAACCUCACCCUAAUAGACGAAGAACCCUUCGUAUACCUCAUUCGAUCUGCGCUCUACUGCAUCAAUGCUUACGCCAACAGCAUCGGACGUCCAGGCUUUCCCGCCUUCCUCGAAGCCAGACCCGAAUUCCCCACCAUUCAAAAUGCCGUCCUAAACAUUCUAGCACACUCCACCAACGGACCGCUUCUUCGAGAAGCAUGCAACCUCGCUAGAUUCCUCAGAAAUGAGAAAGACCAAAUCCUACGGACCAUCUUGGCCAGAUUCACCUUAUGGCCCAACUCCUUCAUCAUCUACGGAGUUGCGGUUGUAAAGGCAUUCAUCUACGAAGCCAACAACGAGUCGCUUAUCAAUGACUUUGUGCGGAUCCUGAUGGCGCCUCUACUAGCAAACCCUCUCGUUCAGUCUGGGGUGGUUAUUGGCUCUCACGAGCUCGUUCUACGUGCAUACAAAUCAGUGCGAGGCAAAUUGCUUGAUGGCUUGUUCGGGGACAUCUGGAGAAUCGACAAUAAGGAGCUGCUCCCCACAGAUCUGCUUCGAAAUUGCGAGUCGGCCCUGGAAAGGUACCACGGCCCCGUUUCUGAACCCCUAUAUAUGACUCUGGACGACCUCUAG